AUGCCCGACGCGCCACCGCUGCAGGCGCCUUCCUGGGUGGCGACCAUGCCAUCGCAUUUGGGGCCCGUGACCGGAGAGAAGCGAUCUGGAUCGGACGCGAUCUUUGAAAUCGCGCUCCAGGCCGACGCAUCCUCGUUCCAGGCUGGGUACCUGGGCCUCGAGGGGUUCACUGCAUGGAUCGGCGAGCCGCAAAUCACCCGCAUGCUCUUGCAUCCCACUCGUUAUACCCACCCAGGCCCAGACGCGCUCAAGCCGUUUGCAUCGCCGGGAUUUGAGCAUCGCGCACGCUGGCACUGGAACACGGUGACGCCCAACUCGCGCUACUCGCUUGCGCCACUGUAUUGGUCCUUGCACCAGCCGGUUACCGCGCACUUUUGGCUGGACUGCUCCGUGAUUCGCAGCUGCGAGCCGGCCGUGGUCCAGGUGCACGUUCCGCCCCCAGACCAGUCCUUGGUGUUGGACCGUGGGCUGAAACUAUCGAGCGUUGAGGCAGGGUUGGUCCGUGUGACACAGUCGCAUCCGUCCGGCGAAAUGUACUCGGACGACGAUAUUCUCGAGUACGUCCUCGCACUCCAGCGCGCACGCACGUCGGAGCAGCGCGAUUCACUCUCGCACGAUGCUGCAUCUUCCUCGGCUUUUUCCACACACAAGCCCCACCGGCGCCACGCGCUCGUGGCGUUUUCCGGCAAGUCGUGCCGGUUUCACUCGCAGAAACCGAUUCAUCUGCAAUUUGCAUUGCGCUCAAAUGCGCCGCCGACACCAUCGGCACACCCUACGUUUGACCUCGGCACGACGCAGCAUAGCCUCGGCGAUGGGCAGUGUGAGUCCAUCACGCAGGACACGACACUACACAAUGUUCGGUUUGUUCUCUGCAUCCGUAUUCUUCUUCGUACCGCCACCGGCGAGCGCCAGGAUAUGUGCACCGGGCAGCUGAUCAAGAUCCUGCCCGCCCCGGCAGGGCCUGAGGCGGAUGCGCCGGCCCUCCCGCCGCACUCGCAGGGACAGCCGAGCGACGCGCCUUCGAAGCAGUCCCCGUCGAAGCACGGCAAGGCGCCACACAGCAGCGAUGACAUUCCUGCGCUCUUUACGAACCAGCCCGAGUACGAUGGGUACGACGACGCGAGCCAAAUGGACCAUGCGAUGCGUGCAAUGGCGCUCUCGACACCCGCACAGCCGGGCGCCUAUGCUCAAACCAUUAUACGCGACCCGGCGCACGUCCAGUUCUCUACCACCGAGACGAACGAGCCACCGCCGAGUAUGCAUGAACAUGUGAACGAUACUCGCCUCCCUGAUGCCCUGCGUUCGAACCCGUCAUAUGCGGCACAGUUGGCCAAUAUACCAAGCACGGAACGCGCACCAUCCACCUACGAUGCGGUCGUCGACCUUGCGCACGACCACUCGCCGCCAGCAGAAGAGCUUCCCAACUUUGAAGAAGUGUCGCAGCAACCCUCGGGUAUACUCGCACCGCCGAUCUGCUACACUCUCCCUAUGGAUUCACAGCCGUUCCGCGACUGGCCUGCCGGUGAACCUCCUCUGUCCUUCUCGGGAACGUGUGCCGAGCCCAGCGAAGCGAGGACCGACGCGCUGCCCCCGUCGUACGCCGACUCGGCCCCGGGCUCAGACGCAGGCGCACCGACCGCACCGCCGUCCGAGUCGGGCGACGCGCAUCCUCCCGCCUACUUCCAGGCGCACGAGCGAGGACGCACACGUGCCGCGUCGCCACCGUCCGAGCAUAGCAGUCGCGAUGCGAGCACGUCGGCACGCGGCGAUGGCGCCACUACCAUCUUCCCGCCGCUGUAUGAAGCAUAG